AUGUCUUCGUCUCAGUCAUCAUCAAAUCCAUCUUCGACAAGCAAGCAGUUCCCAGGGUAUAGCAUCUUUUUGCCUGAUUUGAAAAACAAAGAGGUGAAAGAGAGAAACUUACAUCGGAAAUCUUUUGAAGAGAUUGAUCCUGGGAGAAUGGGUGCUGAAGGUAUGGACCCUUCUUCUAAUAACGGCCUUACAUGGACUUCUCAGUACGACUCGGUGGUUAGACAACCAUUUGCAAAGGAUGUGAUUCAUUUGCAGUCUUUACUUGAUGCCCUUCUUUCGAGUAAGAAUUUCACCAGAGCUGACAAAAUUUUGCAAGCCAUUUACCCUUUGCUGACAUCUCAAGAAGAGUUCAUGUAUUCCAUAAACAAGUACUUGGAAGUUUGGUCCCAGCAAGACUCAGCUACUUUAGAAGGAUUGGAAAAUUACUUGCUCAACUUCACGAAAGAUGCUCGGUUACUUCCUAAUGACAGAACAUAUGCCAUCUUGAUAACCAAAGCAUUGCAAGUUGAUUCUUCCUUCAAAUACAAUAAGUAUCUCAACGAAAUCAAAUCUAACAUAAACUUCACUCGGAAAGUAUUAGGUCAUAUUGAUGUGUUAGGAAUUGACAAUCUAACGAAGAUAUUUCAAGAGAACUCCAUCACUGAAAAGCAUAUACCAAUCGAUUUUGGACCUCUCUAUGACCAAAUAAAUUCCACCGAAGAUCUGAGUGAUAUCAACGAAGACUACUUUUCUGAUGAAAACUUCAGUAAGUUGAAUAUUCCUUCUAUUUCAAAAGAAGCAGAGGAGUUGAGAUCGGUGGAUUCAUUCGGAUUGAAGGUUGUGAGGCACACUUUAUUGGGAUUGAAGCUGACUUCGGAAGGGAAAUCCCCAAUUAUUGAUGAUUUGAUGAAGAAUUUGGAAAAGGAUUUACAAGGUUCGGUUAUUCAUAACUUUUCCAAUAGCGAAAAGAGAGACUAUUUUGCCUUAUACAAACUUUUAAAAACGGAUCAAGAUAGAGAAAAGUUCAAUGAAGCAUUGGAUCUUUUCAACCGAGCAAGACAAAGAACAAUCGAGUUAAGAGGGGCCGAUUCUGCCAAAGAGAAAUGGAAACAUGAUUAUGAAGAAAUGCAGAGAAGAGGCUCAAUCCACUUUGCUAAAUCUUUAAAUGCCAGAUUAUACGAAUGGUAUGAGAUGCUUCUUCCAUUUGUCAAAGAAGAAGUAAACCAAUGUCAUAAGAUUAUGGAUGGGGAAAUUACUAUCCAAAAUGCAAAGUCUGAAGAUAGGGCAUUGGUCAAAGAAAGAUCCUAUUAUGCUCCGUACUUAACUCUUGUAACUCCAGAAAAAAUGUGUGCCGUUACUAUUUUGGAGCUUCUAAGAUUAAAUUCAACUGGAGGGAUAGCUGAUGGAAUGAGAACAGCCAGAGCUCUUAUUUCGGUAGGAAAAGCCAUAGAAUUGGAGUACAAAUCUCAGAAAUUGAUGGAAUCUGAAAAGAAGUCCAUCUCCAAAAAAAGUAGAAGUGCUAGAGAAUGGAACAAGAUCUUCAGAGUUAUGAACAACUACUCCAAAGAUCUGGACAACCAAGCCCAUAACGAAUGGGACAACACUUUACAUGCCAAAAUCGGAUCGAUCUUAACCUCCUUAUUAAUUCAUGUGGCUAAGGUACCUGUCAAGGGGACUGACCCUGCCACCGGAAAGACCGUUACUGGAAGUCAACCAGCAUUCUUCCACACAUACCAAUACCUCCAAGGGCAAAAAUUGGGAGUAUUAAAGUUACAUAAAAACAUCAUCAAACAACUUUCUGUGGAUGUUGAUGGUAGCUUGCUUCAACCACACUUCUUGCCAAUGUUGACUCCUCCAAGAAAGUGGUCUUCGUACAAUGAGGGUGGUUACUUGUUCUCCCAAAACACCUUGGUUAGAACUAGAGACUCACCUGAGACACUCGCAUAUUUGAAAGCUGCUUCUCAAAGAGGCGAUUUGGAUAAAGUGUAUGAUGGUUUAAAUGUCUUGGGUAACACUCCAUGGACUGUUAAUAGGAAAGUGUUGGAAGUUAUGACCAAAUUCUGGAACACAGGUGACGAAUUUUUGGAUAUUCCUCCUGUUGUCGAUGAACCCGAAUUACCUGAGCCAGUUCCACUGAAUGCCGAGCCAAAUGUUUUGAGAGAAUACCAAAGAAAAGUGAGGUUGGCAAUCAAUAUCUCUGCUUCUGCCAAGUCUCAAAGAUGUGAUACCAAUUAUAAAUUGGAAAUUGCUAGAGCUUUCCUUGGAGAGAAGAUGUUCUUCCCUCACAACAUCGAUUUCAGAGGUAGAGCGUACCCUAUGUCUCCUCAUUUCAACCACUUAGGAAACGAUUUGACCAGAUCUUUGUUCUUAUUCUGGGACGGAAAACAACUUGGAGAAAGAGGGUUGUGGUGGUUAAAGGUUCACUUGGCUAACCUUUAUGGUGUGGACAAGAUCCCAUUAGAAGAGAGAGCUCAGUUUACUGAAACCCAUUUGGACAAGAUCAGAGAAUCAGCUGAAACUCCGUUUGACAAGGAUGCCUGGUGGACAAAAGGUGAAAAACCUUGGCAAGUAUUAGCAUGUUGUUUCGAGUUGAAUGAAGCUUAUAAACUAGAAGAUCCAACCCAAUAUGUUUCUCAUGUACCUGUUCACCAAGAUGGGUCCUGUAAUGGUUUACAACAUUAUGCUGCUUUAGGUGGUGACAUAGAAGGUGCUCGUCAAGUAAACUUGUACCCCGCUGACAGACCUCAAGAUGUGUAUUCUUCGGUGGCAAGCAUUGUUCAACAAAGAGUUGAUGCAGAUGCUGAGGCUGGUGAAAAGCAUGCAGUUUUCUUGAAAGAUAAGAUCAACCGAAGGGUGGUGAAGCAAACCGUGAUGACUAAUGUUUAUGGUGUUACGUUUGUUGGUGCCAGAGAACAAAUCAAGAAACAGCUUAAAGUCCAUUUUGAUAGCGAUAGCGAAGAGAAUUCCGGUGAAUAUGCUCAGUAUUUGACGCAACAUGUUUUUGCAGCCGUUAGAGAGUUGUUUUCAGGUGCUCAUUUAAUCCAAGAUUGGUUGGGAGAGGCAGCUAGAAUCAUCAGCAAGUCCGUCAGGGUCGAUUAUGAAGAUUCUACCACAAGUAAUGAUAAGCCAAAUCACGUAUCUUCGGUUAUUUGGACCACUCCUUUGGGUUUGCCUUGUGUUCAACCAUACAGAACCAUUAAGAAGCAAAUUAUUAAAACAAACUUACAAGAUGUUGCUAUUACCGAUCCAUUUGGAGCUUCGUUAGUCGAUGCUAGAAAACAGAAAACUGCUUUGCCUCCGAACUUUGUUCAUUCUUUGGAUGCUACUCAUAUGUUAAUGACAGCAUCUACCUGUAAAUAUGAAAACAUUUCAUUUGCAUCGGUUCAUGAUUCUUAUUGGACACAUGCUUCUGAUAUUGAUGUGUUGAGCAAAAUCUUAAGAGAACAGUUCAUCAAGUUACAUUCUGAGAAUUUGAUUCAAAAAGUCAAGGAUGAAUUUGAGGCUCGUUAUAAAGGUUUCCUUCAAGUGGUUACCAUUCCAAGAGAUCAUGAACUUGCCAAAAAAAUCCAAGAUGUUAGAAGAAAAAUUGCUACUGACUUAAACAGAGCCUUGACAGUAGCUGAUGAGAUUCAUUUAGAAAAAAAGAGACAGGAAUUGUUAGCCUCUGACGAUCCUGAAGCGGUUAAAAUGGGCAAAGAAUUGGUGACAACUGUGAGUUCAGUUGAAGAAUACGACUUGAAUGAAGUCGGUACCUCCUCUAUAGGGUUACCAAUUUUUGCUCCAAUUAGUUUCCCACCAGUUCCUCCAAGAGGUGACUUGGAUGUUAAUGUCGUCAAAGACUCGACGUACUUUUUUUCAUGA